AUGCCUGUCGACUCAAAGCGCUUUCGGUAUUUGCACUUGUCAGGCGGUAUGGUGGAACGCGAUCAGGAGAAGUCAUUAUGGAUGAAAGGCUCGAUGCGCAAGAUCAAGGGCCGAGGAGAAGUUCAAAUGCUUGAAUUCGCCAAGAUGAAUGAAAGCUGGAGAACGGUCAUAGCUCGGCCAGGCAUGGUUGUACAAAGAGGUAGUAUUGUUGGUGAGGCUUCCAUGAUGAUGGCUGGCUCUUCUGGCUCCUUCAUCCGAUUUGAUGAGCUUGCGCUUGCACUCGUGGAUGCGGUCGUACAUGGCAGUGAGGAGCUGUUGCUACCUUCUAUGCUCGUACAACGGGGCCAACAAUUGGCAAGGGAGGCCACCGAGUGA